AAGAGAUAAAAUUUUUCUUUGUACACUUCGUCUUUGAUCGUAUGUAGCUGUUUCCAUGACUGAUAUUUGAUGAAAGUUUUGAUGAAUGCAAACAAUGAAUCAUGUGAAGAAUAGCAUCGUGCUUACUACAAGAAGGCAAAAAUGGUCGUGCUGGCAUUUGCGCAAAAUCGAGCACUCUCGCGCAUUCAGGGCAGGAGGUGUAACGCUCCUGCUCUCUCGCCCAGUGUCGACAGCCGCCCCGUCGUCGACUGUCGCGAAGAAGUAUGGGGCGUCUUUGGGAGAUAAAAGCUUUUCGAUCCAGGCCGCGUCGCCAAUUGCUAGCGCAUCGUCGACACCUACUAGCGAGUCGUCGGCAACUACAAAUAGCGGAUCGUCGUCGUCAACUACAGCUAGUGCAUCGUCGUCGUCAACCGGCCAGAAUGUGUCCAAGAAGAUUCGCAUGGACUACCGACACGGCGAUGCAGCGGUGCAACGUAUGGAUGAUGUUUUUUUCCAUCUUUCAGACCACGCAGGCUGCGCUUUUCCCCUUAAAACUGUAUAUCUGCGGGGGGGCCCCGAUGGUCUGCCUAGAUGGAAAACACUACCUCCACGCAACGUGCCUACGACAUGUGGUUAGCUGAUCGGCGACGAGCACGCGCAAAUGGAGCGAUCGGCAUGCUCACUUGCGCUUUGUCGCUUGCGCCAGCGCUUCCGCCUCCUCUGUUCAUCACGUCUGCUGCGCUGAUGCUAGCGAACUUCUCGGUGCUGGACCAUGCGUCGCAAAUUUUUGUCAGGUAGUGAGUUCUUUAAUAGGCUGAGAUGAUGAGAUGAUACUUCUACGUACAAGUGCUGUCUUUCUGGAGGUAGUGCAUACAACGCAAUAUCCAUCUUGUUAGAGCAGGAACUUAAUUGUACCCCUUGUGCAUUGCCGGGAGUAGAUACGUAGGCCCAACCUUAGUCUUCUGGACUGUAUUAUUUCGAACGUGAUAAGAUAGAUCUUUACACCCAGUAUGCACAUGCGCGCGCACGUGACACGGGGAAGCUUCGAAGCAAUUGAGACUGACAGCGGGUUAAGGCUCUGAAUAGUUUACUUUCACAUCGGCAGCCAUCUAAAGUCCAACUUCUCACAUCGAAUGAUCGUUAGAGUGAACUUGAGUAGGGCUAUGCUGUAGGCCUGAAAUUUUCUGAUCCGACAUAGAUGAGUGUCCGCCGGGAACCUAAAAAGUGGGUCGUAGCAUUGGGAAGCUCUUCUUCCUGGCAGGCGAGCUUCUGCGCUCCCUCGUUUUGUCGCGAAGCAAGCAGAUCCAACUUUUCUCAACUACAUACUGACAUACCCCAAAACCCGUCGUUUUUCACUGCCCCACUUAACUUAGCAAAGCGCCACCCAGUUAUCUAAAAUCCAACUUCUCUAACUCUAACUGAUGGGGGUGUCACACGUUGGAAGGUGCAGGUGGCUUCCUGCGCUGCAGAGCGAGAGUUCGAGACCGCAAGAUCGCAAGAGAGGACUUUAGCCACCAACUGUGUGAGUCUGGGAGAAAUAAUCGACCAGACACAGUGGCUUUAUUUACCAAGAGAGCUUUCAGAAGAAGAAGCGAAGGCGGCAAAAGAGGUUACGAAGAUUGAGGAAUUUGAAUCUGUUUGUUAAAGAUUAUUUUCUGCACCUGUACUACUUGGUUGUUUGUUUUCUGUACUAAUCUUUUUAGAGAGAAAGAAACGUUGUGCAGUCGCAAACCGGGUCUUGGCCGAAAAAACCAUUUCCAACUCUAAAGAUACCAGCGCACCAAAUAGUGAGUCAAGUGCAGGUCACACGAUAUUUUCGGGUGGCAACAACCCCUCCGGAACCGAAGCUUCGACUAGCUUUUCGGGUGGCGCUGUGCAAGACGAACCACAAUGGACGACAACUUUGGACGAUGACGCUUCUCUUUCUCCAUUAGAAGCAAAGGUCCGGGAGCAACAGUUACUCGAUUGUCUUUUAGCUUCCUACGUGAUUCCGUCAACAGAAGAGCUUUCCGUAUUGCCGCUACGAGGCAAAGAAGCGCAUCCUCCGAUAGAGAGGAUAAAGUUAGGCUUUCUUCGUAGAGAACACAUCGACCGAUUGAAAGCGCUCCUCGAAAGACUCGACAAAACCAUCACAGAGCGGGGCGGAAAGCAUACUGGUACCUAUACUCACUCUUUUCAUCUCUUUGUCCAGAUUCUGUAUCUGUAGAUGAACCUGCAUUUAAACCUAGACUACAACUAUAACUGCCAGCUGUUUGUGGAUUCAUAGAGCUACUAUACCUGUAGACGGCACCAUGACGAUGAACAACUUAGAAGCAAAAUAUACAGUGAUACAUAGUAGCGAUAAAUAUUCCUCUUCUAAAAUAGCCUUAAGAAACUGCUCGCCUCGCAGAUCAUCCAUGGCCACGGUUUUUCAAGGCUUCCCCUCGAGGGGCGAUCAAGUUCAUCUCUGAUGGCUACUCGACGAUCGGCCGCAUGUAUCUCCUGUUUGGAUGCAUCGUGUUCAUCCUCUGCAACGUAUCUAUCGAGGAGGCAGAUCCUAAUUUACGACUUACCAGAAAAUCUAUAUUUGAAUAGAAGCGUCUUCUAACCGCGAUCGGGUACGCUACUAUUACCACUAAGCAGGUGUGCUUUCCAGCGGUGAACAUCUUCUACUUUCAUACUUGCCUACAUUUGAUGUAGUCGUUCUGCAUCUGCUUUUCACUAUAUUAAAUGGCUCUAAUUACUGUUCGGGAAAGCGGCGCCGUCAUCGUCAGGAGAGACCGGGAGCCCGACAGUUCCAAAGCUUGAUGUUUCCACAUUAUGGAGAUUUUCGGAAUAUCGAUGACUAGACAGUUAAGAUCACACUUAAAGAUGAGAGAUUUUCACUCUAUUUGCUCUUGAGUGAAGACAACGUAGAGGUCGUGGUAUAGUGCUUCUCUCUGUUGCACGUCUAACAUAAGUAAUUAAAAAGUAGGUAAAUUUAAUAUAUCCAUGUUUAUCAUUGACGAUGUUUGUCUGAGAAUAUAACUUUUUAGUUCACGAAUGAUGAUGUAGACGCAUUUUCACCAUGUCAUGAACGACAUCUGUCUCUGACUGUGUGAGAGAGAAAGAACAUCGGGAAAGCAUUCCGCAAGUAGAAGUGGUCUACUGAUUAGUUUUGUCACCAGUCACGCAAUGUCGGAUCCAGGGCGUCAAUAGUCUACAGGACACAAC